AUGACUUCGUCGAGCGCAGGCCAUCAGGGCCUUCCCGACGACGAUGCCGCUGCCACUGCUCCUUCCCAGCAGCCGCCUCCCCUUGCGACGGCACCUACCACUGCGGAUUCGAUAGGGCCCAUUGUCUCCGAUGCGGUGGUUGAUGCGGCCGAGGCUACAACCGCGCCGACCGCUCCUGCGGCACCUCUGAACGAUUCUGCCAACGGGCUUUCGACGACAACAAAUCGACCAAGCACCCCAAAUACGAAAGAUGGCGGCAUAGGCAACGCACAGCCAGGUGCGCAUGAUGGAUUAGCAGCAGUUCAGACCCCGGUCACCGCGCAGCCCAGCGCAAACCACGCCGCGACCCCGACGGCUAACGGCGGCCAACUCGACGCGAGCCAGCACACGCAAGACGCCGCCAUGGCCAACACGGAGCACUAUGCCCCUUCGACCCCAUUUACGCCCGUCGCCACGUCAAACAUUGAUCAUCAUGCCUACAUGAUGAUGGCCCUCGCUUCCAUGUCUAACGCGCCCUCGGCAAUGUCGCCCCCGCCCACCGUCACUCCGUCGCAGGUGACGCUGCCCAACUCCAUGGGUGUUGGCAUGAAUAGCCUGGCUCCUGGUAAUACCAUCCGUCAGCCUGGCGCUGAGAAGGGCCUUGAAUCCUUUGCGCGCAUAGAAUUCGCCGAUUCCGUCUUCCAGAUGACAACCUAUGCUGUCAUCGUCGGCCGUGACCAGCGUGCCAUGGAACAGGCCCGUCGCGAUGAAAAGCGCGCAGACGUUCACAAACGCCGCGUGGAGGAGAAUGCCAGCAGGGGUCUCCCCCCACCUUCGCCUAUGAUGCACGACCGUAGCAAGUUUAGCAAGUCAUAUGUGUCCGAAGAAGGUGGUAUGCUUGGUCCCGAAUCUGAUAGCGAAGAGAGCGGUCGACCAACGAAGCGUCGCAAAACGAGCACUGCCGGAUCAUCUCAGCAGGAAAACGAAGAGAACCCCGACAACAUCAUCUCUAAUCGUCAAUACGUGUCACAUACUCCUGGCGCCGCCGCCGUUGACCUUACAUCAUUGCGGCCGUCGCCUUGGCACGUCCCCUUUAUUGGCAUUCACUCUCCGGGGCCUAACAUUGCCAGCAAGACCAAGGCUAUUUCCCGCGAGCAUCUCAAGAUUUCGUACAACCAAGAAGAGGGUGUUUUCGAAGCAAUUCCGUUGCACAAGAACGGCUUUUUUUGCGAGGAUGUUCACUACAAGAGCGACAAAGUGGUACUCAAGUGUGGCGAUCGUCUGCAGAUCAAGGACAUUGAUUUCCGCUUCGUUAUCAAUGGCGUCGAAAAGGGUAGGACCGGAGCCGAAGAAUACCUCGAGGAUGAGAAGAAGCCCGCCAAGAAGCGACAAACGCACGGUGGCAAGGAGAUGAGCUUCGAGUUUGAACAGACCCACGGCAACGGCGAGAUUCAAGAAACCAGCGAUGAGUUAUCAGAUGUUGAGGGCUCAUUACCUGAAUUGUCAGAUCUUGGUGAUGAUGCUGACGGCGACGAAGAGAUGGGUGAUGAGGAAAUGAUGGAAGGUGACGAAGCAAUCAAGAGUGAAGCGUUCCCAGGCCAGCCGAAUCUCCUUAUGCCAGAGAUACCCAGGAAGCGAGGCCCUGGGAGACCCCCGAAGAAUGGCAUCAUGUCGAAACGGGAGCAGCGCCUUCUCAAAAAGCAGCAGCAAGAGAUGGCGAAGAAGACGUUGCCACAACCGCCUCCCCUAGAACCACCUAUCAAGCGCAAGGUUGGCCGACCACGCAAGCAUCCCCUACCCGACAAUGCUGGAGACCAGCCCGAGAAGCGCAAGUACAAGCCUCGCAAACCGCGGGAAGACGGUGCCGAGGGUUCCGAUGCCGAGAGACGGGCUCGAGAAAAGAAGGAAAAGAAGGCUCGUCCAAAAUCGCCGCCUUUGGAGCUCAAGAUUGAAGACUACACCGAGGAGCAACUUCAAAAGCCCAACAAGAAUUACGGCGUAUUAAUUGACGAGACGCUGACAGCCGCCGGCCCCGACGGCCUUACGUUGAAGCAGAUUUACAAGAGAAUCUGCCAAAGAUACCCAUGGUUUUAUUUCCAUACCGAAACGAAGGGCUGGGAAAGUAGUGUCCGUCAUAAUCUUAUUGGGAACGAGGCGUUCAAAAAAGACGAGACGACCAACCUGUGGUCGCGCGUUCCUGGGGUAGAACUGGACGCCGGAAAGAAGCGCAAAGCUUCGUCACCAGACAGAGCAAUGGCUGCGCAAGGAUAUGGCCCCUAUUCCUAUCCAUACAACGCGCACCAGCAGCAUAUGGCAGGACCACCUGGCUAUGGACAAGGGCAAGUCCCUGGUUAUCAAGUGCAAGCAUAUGCUGGUCAACCAGCUCAGCAGCGCCCACUCCAAUACGCACCUCCCGUACAACAACAGGCACAGCCCCAACAACAGCCACAGCAAGCCCAGCAGCAGGUCCCGCAGCAGAUUCAGCAGCAGAUCCAGCAGCAGCCACCGCCGCAGCCGCAGCAGCCGCAGCAAACCCCUGCCCCGAUUGCGGCACAGCCACCAGCACCCACGCAGAUUGGAACAUACGCGCCUCCCCCGGCGCUGGCAAGACCGCAGAUGGGAGUAUCUCAGCCUGGCUCCUACAGCUCACCAUAUGCUGCCCGGCCUCCUCCGCCCGCCAGCCCUAUCAAGACCGAGGCACCAGGACAGCCGAUUGCUCCUGGCCCUCCAGCUCCCGCGAAGCCUUCGCCGGUCCCCGCCGGCACACCCCAGUCGCAACCAGCUGCAGCAGACAAGGCGCCGGCUUCGUCUACAAGCCCUACUGCUUUCCGGCCCGUCAUCGAGCCGCGACUACUACAAGCGGUGGUCGGUCUCAAGAACGGCCUCGUUGACAACCUCAAAAAGGCUCGCAACCCCAAGGCCGAGGCCAUUGUCAUGUCGGCAUUGAACCGAUGCGUUGGCCUAAAGAAGGACGCCACCGAAAAUGACAAGAUGGAAGCUAUCUGUAUCAAGGGCAUCCGUCAGGUCAUUGACGGUUUCACGAAGAACAAGAGCCCUACGCCAGGCGGCACGUCACCAAAUGAUCCCCCUCCAAUUUUCGACGCCAAGGUUCUCGGAUCACUCAAUGGCUUCAAGGAAGUUUCCAUCAAAGCGCUGAAGGGUCGCCUGGGAGAAGCAAAGGCCGAAGCCGUGACGCUGUCCGCUAUUGAUCGAGUGCUCGGCUUUGUCGAGGCCAGCAUCAUUCCCCCGAGUGGCGAAGGCGAGACGAGUGGCAACUUUGAGGGAGUCGAGCAGCAUCUGAUGAAGUCCAUCAGACAGCUGCUGCACGGUAUGAAUCAGAAGCUGGGCCAGGCUACUUGA